AUGUUUAGAAGAGUGCUGUUAACACCACGUCUGAGUUCAUCCUCAUGUCGAAUUUUGAUGACAAGAGGCUUAAAAACGACAGCGACUGAUCAAUCGACUGAAGCUGUUGCAUCAGUGAGUUCAGGUACGUUCGUCCACCACGCGAGACGAUUUAAUUUUUAACGCACUGAAACGUUUUUGCAUCUAUGGCUGUCUAUGCGAGGAUCUUUUUGCGAUUUAAGUAACUUUGGGGACUGUUUAGUAUUUGAAAAUUUCCAUUGAGGAUCAUUUAUACUGCCAUCUAGAUCUACUUUAAGUUCUUUAUUAUGCAUUGUCAUAUACACUGACAUCUAUUGUUAUCUUUACUUUGUAAUUAAAUAUUUGAGAUCACGGUAUAUGGAGGACAACCCAGCCUUAUUUUAGCUAACUGCAUCUAUGGUUACAUGGUUACACUAACCGUUUUUACCUGUCGGUAAAAUUAAUGGCUCUUGCCUAUAGAGAAGCAACUUUUUGCGUGUAACCUACUUGCCAAAUUUUAGAAUUCUCUUUUGGAAAUUUCCAUGGAUAUAUGAAAAUCCCCCUUGAGGUAAAAGCAACUCUACCAGUCCUGAGAAAGUGAGAUGACAAAAUUGUGACCUCCCACUGAGCUGCUGUCCUUAAAAGCAGAAUAGUUUUCAAUGUGUGUGGUCUUGGUUCUCUUUGCCAAAGGCUGGUUUUCAGUAGCAGGGGAGUCGGAGUUGGAAUCGUAAGUGGAGUCGUAAGAGCGCUUAUGACCUUGUGAAAAUAAAAAAUCGGAGUCGUAAGCAGAGUCAUAAGCUCAAUAGAAUUGGAGUCACAAGAAUCAGAACAUUUCCAUUUCUUCCAACUCUGCCUAUGACUCCGUUGCUUUGUUCCGCUUAUGAUCUAGUGAAAACCAGAUUAUUGGAGUCGAAAGUGGAAGCGGAAGGAUAAACCAAUCACAAUGCACGUUCCCACACUUUGUGAUUGGUUUAGUUCUUCCACUUCUGCUUGUGACUCUGACAACCCAGUUUUUACUUGAUUGUAAACGAAGGAGUUGUAAGCGGAAUCAGAACACUUUUUCACUAGAUCGUAAAGUUCUACGCUUGUGAUUACUACUGCGACUUCGACUCCGUCGCUCGUGAAAACCAACCUCAAGAGAAUAAUUUUUAUGCAGACUGCUGUUUAGUAAGAGUUCAUUCCUUUGGUUACUACAUAGUUUAAGUAGUAAGAAACAAAGAAAUACAGUGUAAUUAUUGCAUUAAAUUCUUCAAGUAUUUUUUUAACAACAGGAGUUGAAUUCUUAAAAUUAUCCUUUGACUGAAAAAAACCCAGUCAUUCCAGUUUUGAUGAGUCAAAUGAAAAUUUUUUGCCAGAGAAAAGCUGUUCUGGCAAUGCUCACCACAUAUAUGUUUUCACUUAUUAAGAGCCAAUAAUAAUAAUGACAAGUUCAUUUAAGUCAAGAAGCUUCUAGCUUUAUGGCACAAGUGUCUUGCUAAACAGGGUGACAAUAUUAAGAGGUUACCAAAUUAAACAGUAUUUUCUGAGCACCCGCCACUGUUGUUAUGCAACUUUCAUUCCCUUAUGCUGUCACAUGAUACAGAAACUAGUUUUCAACAUAAAAUAUGCAUUGUCAUGUACACAAGCAAAUUGGCAAAUAUUACAGUUGUAUUUGUCAUAUAAAGAUACUCAUCUGUAUUCAUCUGUUGAACUCCAACACAAAGAAAUGUGCUAGCUUUGUAAAAUUUUGCAGAGAUUAUUUUCUUAAGUAAUAUUUAAUGUUUAGUUACUUGCAUGUGCUGGUGUGAAUAACGCUGAGCUACACUGCAGUUUUAUAAAAUACAAACACAUAGGUAUAAAUCCUUAAAAUGAAGCUUUAAUUUUUGAUGUUGUCAUUUUAUUACUAUAGAUGAAGACUCCUCAGAACUGAGACCUUUGUACCUAGAUGCGCAAGCAACUACUCCAAUGGUAUGAAAAUGUACUAUUAAUAUGGAUCAUAAUUAAUAUUGAUAGUGCAAGAUGUACAACAAUUCAAUAUCAGCUAUGACUGAGAUUUCGAUAUAAAAAUCAUAAUUUGUUGAUAACUAAUAACAUACAUCUGUGACCUCUCAUGCAAAAAUGUACACUAACGUCUUUCUGUUUUCAAAUAGCUUUCCGUUUACAAGCCAUUUGUCGGCCACUCGAAUGGCUUGAUCACCGGUUCAUUUGAACCGUCAGGCUGUUUGAACGACUUGGUUACUUGUUUGUUAGAAACAUCAGCCUGUUUGUUUAUAUGGCAGCAUUGUUUUUUUAGCCAUUUACGUUAACCUGUUUGAAAAUUUUCCUAAGCCGUUCAAUCAUUAGGGAAACCCAUUUGGAAAUUUUGAUGAGCCGUUUGAACAGGUAAGUAAACAGUUUGCCAAUUUGUGUUAGCCAUUCGAAAUACUUAAUAACCCAUUCAUUACUUCAAUGAAGCCAUUCAAACGGGUGAGUAAGCUGCAACCCAUUUGGUAGCCGUGCAUUUCACCCAUUAACAACUGCAUCGCUAAAAUGGAGGUUGGGUGCCUGAAGUAUCCAGGGGCUUCCACUAUUGGCAGCCAGCCCCUAGAUUGAAAUAAUGCCCCCAUGACUGGCACAACAGCGCAACCCAGCCAUAAGCCCCCACACCAAAGGAAAGGAACAGGCACCCGUCACACUGACAAACAUCAGUGGAGGAAAACCCAACAAGCCUAGUGGGAGGGCGGGAGGGGAAGAAAAUGGGCGACAGAACCCAGCACGAAGGGAAAACUGAACGCGCCAAGGAAUCAGAUGAUCGAUGUAGUCAGCCACCGGGCAUGCCCAUGCCAAAGACCGCUGACCUAGGCACCCAGGCGCUCUUAGUUGUUAACUCCUUUAAAUUGCAUUUAAAUUCAUUUUAACGGAAUUCCAUUAGGGUACGUUUUCGCAUGAGAGGUCACAUCUAUUAAUUUAUGACUUUACGCUGUACACUGUAGUUGACACAUGACCAAUAAUGUCAUGGCUUAAUUGACCAAUCAGGACAACCAGUAGAGUAUUACAAAAAAUCUCAUAUUAUUUCACAUAAGUGACAAUACACAACUCAUUUAAACUUUGUACAUGUUUUCUGCACAGGUUUCCAGAAUUUCAGUUUCUGUCGUCAUCGUCCCAUUUAUGACACUACACUCACUUAGUGUUCUAUUAAGUUCAUUUUACUUCUGUCAGCUGGGCACUCCUCGGUUCAAAUCUUUUUCAAUAAAUAAAUCAAAUAUUUGUCUCAAGGGAUACAUGUACAGUUGGCUCCUGAUAACUUGAACCUUCUAGGGAAAUCAAAAAAGGUUCGAGAUAGCGAGAGUUCUUAGUUAUCAGGAGUUUCAAGCAAAAUACCGGAAAUAAGAAAAUGGGUUGGUGAAUAAAUGCAAGUAACACACACUAUUCAAAACUUGAUAAAUACAUAGUGCUAGACACUGUAUUUAAACUGGACUGACAAAAAAGUAAGACAAAGAAUACAUAGUUGUUAAAGUAGUUUCAAUGUUUCAGACUGCGUUAAACUUUUUUUUGACUUGUCAGGCACUUGAAGUAUCAAGUUAUCGAGGGUCAAUUUAUAUAGAAAUGAUGUGAAGGGAAACAAAAAGUAACAAUUAUUAUUACUUCGAGUUAGUGGGAGGUUCAAGUUGCCGAGGGUAAAAUUAUACUAAAUGUAUGAAGGAAAUCAAGGGAAAAUUGAUUUUGGUUUGAGUUAGUGUGAGGUUUGACUUAGCGAGGCUUCGAGUUAUCGGGAGUCAACUGUAGUAAAAUCAAGAGUCAAAGAUUCUUAUUUGACUAUGUUUUUCUAUUAUAAUGUUCUGUCAAGUUAAUAGGUAGAAUAUUAAACUUUCAAUUAAAAAAUAACCCCCUUUUUAUCUAUGUGGUUAGGAUCCACGUGUCUUGGAUGCUAUGAUGCCAUAUUCAGUAUCUUACUAUGGGAACCCACAUUCACGGACCCACGCUUAUGGCUGGGAAAGUGAGCAAGCUGUGGAGCAUGCUAGAAAGGUACAUUGUAAUGAUAAACAGUAUUGUUCUUCCUGCCCAGCUAAUUAAAACUUGAUUCAAGCAAAUUGAAUGCAUGCAAGAAUCAUAUGUUUUACUUACAAUGUUCCAUUAAAUGCAUUUAAAUCUGCAUGAUUACAUAAUGCAUAAUUAUUAUGUUACUGUUACAGCAUGUGGGAUGUUUUCUACCUCAUUUUAUUAAUACAAUGCCGCAUCUCUUAAAAGUUUUGAAAAGUUUAGACCUAAAAGCUUAUUUGAAGCCUGAAAGUGGCUUUCUGCUUUUAGACAUAGUUACUUGUUUCCACAAAAUAGACCUUUCCUGUAUUUCGCUCCCGUGAACACACAAUGAAAUGAGCUCACAGCUUGGGUGGACAAUUUCAUACAAAUCACCAUUCACCCCAUGCCUUGAGUUGGUGCCAUUUUCACUGAAAUUCACAACAGUCUGUUAAUCUUGAUUUCACUUUGCCUGGCCUUCUGAUUGGGCGUGAUUAAAAAGCAGAAAUUAUGUGGCAUUUUCAGGGUAGAUUGUGCGAUAAGAUAGGAAUAUUGUGGGAUAAAUAAAUUUAUUAUGUGAUUUUUCAGGGCAGAUUUAGACUGCACAACAGUCGGUUUUUUUCUCAAAAUCAGUAAAGAAAUCAGUAAAGCGUGGCGUAAGAGUCUUGAAUACACAAAAAUAUGGACUGUUUUGCAGUCGAGGGCUGAUUAACAUUGUUUUACCAGUUUUCAAAGGAGAAAAAUCACUUUAAUGUUGUUUAACAGGCAAUUUCAAUGUAAAAGAAUAAUAAAACAUCUGUUUUUAAACAAAAUAGUUAAAUUUGUCCGAUUUUCUUGACCCGAAAAAAAAAAACAAAUAGAAAGAAAGAAAAAAGACACUUGUUUAACAUUACAUGAUGCUGUUUACACCGCUUUCAAGGCUUUCUUUAGUGGUAAAUCACUUGGGAAAAUGUGUAAUUCAAGUUACAUGUAGUUUACUUGAAUUUAGCAUUUUUUUUUUAACGAAUAUAUGCGAUUUUCCUCAAAUUGUGUGAUCUGAUGUGAUUUGAGGCCAAACGAGCGAAAUCGCACCAUCGCAUAAUAUCAGAAGCCCUGAUUUGCUCCCCAAAUGGUGUCCUAUUGGAAACUCUGGUCCUAUCAAAUAAAUGAUAUUGCAUUUUUAGGUGUUUGAUCUCUUUUGGACCCAAUGGGUUUAAAUCGCAAACCUCCUUGCUUUUCAAAUUAUCUGUGAAUGGUACAAGAUCAUUAAUUAAUGCCAUUUCCUUUCACAAACCUUUUCAGCCAUAGCCCUGUAAAUUAUGAUAUAGUGGGAGUGUUUAUUUUUUUUGUUUAAAAUUUUGUUUUUUUGAAAGUGAUCAUAAUUUCCCUUUUACAGCAAGUAGCAGAAUUGAUUGGUGCUGAUCCUAAAGAGGUUAUAUUUACCAGUGGUGCCACAGAGUCAAACAACAUUUCAGUCAAGGUACUUCUUACUCAAACCCUAGGAUUUCAAUUCCCAUGGAAAACAAUUUUUCAGUUCGGUGCCCAGAUAUCAUGGGAAACCAACAGCAACAAUUUUUUGGUUCCAUGAAAAUUCAUGGGAACCCAUCCCCUAAAUGUUUAUAAUUUUUCAAAGUCAUAUAUUUUUUUCUUGGCACUGGAAGCCAUAAACCAGUAAUGUAUAAUGCUUUUUGGGAAUGGUUCAAGAUAAAAACUGAUAGAUGCUAAACAUUUCAGUUUUGUAUGUGAGUCAUACAUGUAACUAAAGAAUUGCCCUACUAGUUAAGUAUCUGUGUGGAAAAUUAAAGAAUUUCUGUAGAUGGAUCCCUAGGGUUGAAAAUGGCACUGGGAAACUAUUGUUUUGGUUCCAUUAUUUUACGACCUCGGUAACAACACGGUACCGGAAACUUUUGUUACCGUGAAAUCCUAGGGCUUGUGACUAUGUCUUUUGUAAGCCUUAGAAUUUUUUCUUUAUAGCUCUUAAACUUGUCUCUUCUUAUUGAUUUUAGAAGAGUUAAAUGCCUUAUGUCUGUAUAUUUUAUUAUUAUGGAGUGUAUUUCCUCCAUCUUGAAUUUGAGCCUUCAGGGUCAGCAGUUGCUUCCAAUCCCACAAGCGUCAAAAAUUAAAGUGGUGUCCUACAUGUUAAGGUCAAAAGACCAUGUCUUGCAUCAAAUAAAGAAAAUUAUUUAUGAGGUUGUGUUCACAAGAGAAAAAAGGAUGUUUUGUAGCCAGAAGGCCUCUGGACCUAGCUGUUUGAUUUCCCGCCUACUUGUGGUAUUUUAAUACCCGGCAACUUGAAGUCUUAGUGACAUCUCUGACAGUGAUGUAUUGUAAUUAAUAUAAAAAUAAAUGUAUUAUUACUUGACAAAAAAAUUAAUAGAAAGUACCGUCUGUGUUUACUGAUGCAGCUCACUGCUAUAAUGCGUAUAUUUUAUCAUUGCAGGGGGUGGCAAGAUUUUACAAACGAAACAAGAAACAUGUUAUAACAACACAAACCGUAAGUGUAAAGGAUUGUAAAUUUUAGUCCUGUUUUGAAAACAGCAAGGAUAAUACUACCCUGGAUGCCAGAGACUUUUCUAGCUCGGUUUCCGAAGAUACGUCGGCCUUCGGCCAACACCGAAAAUUUCCGGUGCACGCGAGAAAAACCUCUGGUACCCAGGGUAGGAUAAUACAUAAUUAUAGCCUGAAUUUCAUCCGACUGCUUUGAGUCAUUUUCUCCUGUCAGCAAUGUCUGAAUCAACCAGCCAUUAAUGCCGUCCCAUGACAUCACUACUACCCGAAAACUGGGUAGGGGUUUUGAUUGAUGGAUUGUCUAAACAUUUGCAUAAUUAUGUAUAAUUAUGAGAAAUUUUAGUGGGAUUGUCGCUUGAUAUUCAGUGAAUUGCAUUGGUGGCAUGCUUGUGGAGUUCAAACAUUUCGAUAAUCUUUAUUCCAAACAGAAAAAUUGCCCUUGUGUUCGAAACUGAAUUGCUAAAUUGAACUGCGAAUGUAGAAUCAUUGCGGAGAGUCGGUAAGUUUUUCAUUUAGAGCCGCUUUGUGGUUUCCGCAGUGAUAUUGUGUAUGCGAAGUUUCCAAGACCAAUGUCAUGUUGUCAUUCGAGCUUGCUAUUUUCACCGUCAAGUGUAAUGAUUCUGUUAGCUUUUCUUUCUUGUUGCCUUGUUUUCUUUUUUCGUUGUUAAGGAUCGACCAAAUAGCUUCUUUUUAAUUAAAGGAAAUUGUUGUGUUUUUUAACUAAGUGUUCCGUGUGUGUAUUUAUUUCAUUGCGUGAUUGCGACCAAGUUUGAAUUGCAGCCGCUUCAGAGUACCGCAUGCAGUUGAUAGUUUGAUUGUUAAACAUAAAUUACGAUCGAAAAGAGUAAAGAAAUUCUGUCAGCUGUUCUGUAUCAUGUAGACAUUUCCAAACAAUAUUUCUUGGUUUGCCACUUGAAAAUCAUGUGAGUUUACUUUUUGCAUGAAUUAAGGCAAAGGAGUGGUGACGUCACCAGACAGCAUUAAUGUCAUUCAGACGUUAGUGACAGAGGGAGUAAUAACGACUCAAAGUAAUCGGAUGAAAUUCAGGCUAACAUAAUGUAAUUUGUACUUUUGCAGAGGUACAAAUAAAAUGUCUUUAUAAGAAGUCUUUGAAUUCACUUAUUUGAGGCUGGGCACCUAUUCGAAGUUGGGUGCUUAUUCGAAAAAAUAUGGUAUUCUAGGAACCCACGUGUUGGUCUGACCAGGAGUUGAAGCCAAGCCUAUUGCUCCUCAAUCAGGUGGCCAACCCCUUAACAACCAGUCAGCAGUAUGCAGACAUUUGGAAAAAACUGUGUAUAAUGCCAUUUUACAAUAAAAGAGUGGUUUUUCAUGAUCAAGGAGAGUAUUGACCAUAGAAAUGAUGUGGUCAUGAUGGUGAAAUUUUCUUUCUGUCAUGCUUUAUUUUCAGAGAAAAUGCUGAUUGGUUAAGAUUUAUGGACAAUGAGAGUAAUAGACUAUGCAUCUAAAUGUCGAAAUAACAUGAUCAUGAUGGCACAAUUGUUUUUUUUUUUCUUUCUCUCGUGUGCAACUGCUUACAUGUACGUAAAAGGUUGUGCAAUUUGCCAAGCAAAGAGGUUUCAUUUUGCAGUGAAACCACCUGCCUGCGGCUCUUGUGGUUCUACUUGAGUUUUGAACAGUUUGACAUCAUUCAAGUCAUUUGACGUCAUUGAAGUUUCUGUGCUAUUACUCAUGACUUUGUGAAUGUUGUAUCUUUUAGGAGCAUAAGUGUGUGCUUGAUUCUUGUCGCGCCCUGGAAAGUGAAGGUUUUGAUGUGACCUACUUGCCUGUCAUGGAAAAUGGUCUUAUUAACCUGCAGGUGAGACAAAGUUAAUGCAUUUCUCUUUACGUCAAAAUUCUUUCUCGUAACUUGAGAAACUGUGGUCUUUAAUUUAUUAUAUUGAACCGUUGUAAGUUAGAAGAAAUUAUAGACUGGAAAUGAAUAAAUACCGUAAAAUUCCGAAAAUAAGCCCCUGGGCUUAUAUAAUUAUUCAAAGGCCAUUUUCGGAGGGGCCUAUAUUCGGAGGGGCUUAUAUACGGAGGGAAAUUUGCGUCUCAAAAUCGAUUGGGCUAGCUCAUAGUUGGAACGAAAUUUAUCUCUGUACAUGUAAUAUGUAAUUUGUACAAAGGAUUUACCGAAACUCGCCUUGAGGACGUAGACCUUUCUAAAACGCAACCAUGAAAGUACUUGUCUAUAUGGACCAAGAAAAUCCAAGCUAAGAGUGAAGAGUGAACUACGCAAACAGUAAUAAACUGUUACGCUUUCUGACUGCAAUCAUUUAGCACAUGUAACAGUUCUUCGGCAAAUAUGUACAAAAAAUUAUGUGUUGCUGUACCAUUAAAUAUUGCUUUAUUUUACUUUGUAUUUGAAGGCAAUUUCCUAGUACAAGCUCUUGGGUGCUUAUAUUCGGAGGGGCAAUUAAACGGAGGGUUUUUUUGCGUUACGAGUUUGGGGGCUUAUAUUUGGAGGGGCUUAUUUUCGGAAUUUUAUGGUAUAAUCUAAAUAUUUCAGCUGAAUCGCUUAGAUCAUUCAAAUGUAAAUGGCUGUACAGUAGUCACACUUUAGGAUGGUCGUGUGACAAGAGAACUUCAUCAGAGGUUUUUGGUAGUUCCAGCCUACCAUCCUGGUUGAGAGAUAACUAUAACCUCCGUGAUCUUCCUUUUAACAGUUUGUCUCCUGCCAGUAUAAUCUUAGCCCGUGCCAGGCUCUCAGUCAGUGCAGAUAAGCAAAAAAAGCAGGCCAGUAGCGAAAAAGCUAGUAUACGAGACAAAAAACAGGCCAGUGUCAAUCAGAUGCAAUAAAAAGGCUGAAUAUUUAACAAGCGAAAAACGACGAGGUAAACUCCAUACCUCUGAGUUCGAGAGCAAAAAAUAGGGGGAUAAAAUAAAAUCUUCUAUAAGGUAAUUUAGUCUUUUAGCUUUAAUUUGAUAUAUAACUUUCCUUUGUAGCGAAAAUACUCGCGCGACUAGAAUUUUUUCUCUGGGCACCUCGUUUUCCUUUAUCGAGACCUUAAAUACCUCAGUCUCUCCACUACCCUGCCCACUUCCAGAAAAACUGUUCCUCAUGUCAAAAUGUCAAAGAUUCUUUAUCAUAAAUAGAGAAAAUGCAUCAGGUGCAGGGGGGUUUUGCACACUCACCAUGUUUUUAACGUGUACCCAUGUGAUUAACGUGAGCGUUGAUGUUAACUGUCUAAAUUGACCGAUCACAGGGUAUACCAGGAGCUGGUAUACUGUAAUGAGGUAUUGAAAACAAUGCCUGCAGGCUCCACUUCCCUGUCUCUCCCCAGCUCCCAAGCAGUUUUGUCGCAACUUUUCUCGAGCCGCUUUCCCUACUAUCUUGGAGCCUGGAACAGGCUAGUAUGAUCUUAACGCAUCAGGUAUGAUAGAAUGACCUGAUGUAGAACAAUGUUCAUGUACUGCAGAAGAUGUUCGAGUUUGGUGCUUCUUCAAUCUGCUACCCAGAGCUCUAGCUUUUUCUCCCAUGUAAUCAACUAGGAUAUCAGUCUUUACAUAGAUCAUACUGUGCCCGCUGCUGUAAAUUGGGUUCUCAUCCCUGAUUUGUGAAAGCUGUUGUCUGAGGUUUUAAGUUAUGUUGUUAUCUUAAUACAGCAACUUGAAGAAGCAAUGAGGCCUGACACAUCACUCGUCUCUAUCAUGACUGUCAACAAUGAGAUUGGUGUCAAACAACCUGUCAAAGAAAUUGGUAAGGUCUUAGUGGAGAAAACAAAUUUAAUGUCAUGUAGUAGAUUGACUUUUCCCGUGAAGGGCUACUCGACAAAUUUUUACACAGGGAGUCUUCAUCCCGAUAUCUAACCCCUUGCCCUUUUAUAACUCGUGAUAACAGGAGUGCGGGCGACAACGAUCGAAAGUCCAAACACUUUUGCUCUAACGCUGUGCUUUGAGUAGGUCUGCACUGACUAAUGGUCAAAAUACGCGUGAACAGAUUCCGAGGCGUAGACGGUCGAAACGCACGUGACCAAAUUGCGUUCUAUACGUUCCAUUCAUUCUUAGGGGAAGUCCAAACGAAUGCUGGCUACAUACAUGCGACGCAUGCGUAAUAACAACCUGGAGAUUAGGAUUGUGGGCUCUCCUUGUCGCCCCUUUUGUAUCCCCUAUACUGACAAAUGGUACCCCUUUCACGUACUUAGUAGUUAAGACCUUUGCAUCCCUUUAUUUGAUUUAAUUGCUGUUAAUGCGCUAUUUUUAAAAUACGAACAAAUCACCAAACCAAAUUCUUUUCCUGACUUUAUCACAGCCAUACUAUUAUAAUGCAUCUGUUGGCCCUUUUGAGCCUUUUUACUGACUGAAGUGACAGAUUUCCCUACCCUUUCAUAUACUUCAACUAGUGAAAUCUCCUGCCUGUCAUACAUCAAAAGCCUGAAAAGUCACCGCAGAGCUUCACCGUAUAGGCCAUCAUAGGAAGUACCCCGGGACACGUGUCCGCUUCCAGCUGGUGGCAAUUUUCAUGUGUGUUUGUGACUUGCUUUACUAUCCUUGAGUGAAAGGAAGGAGUUCACUGUUAAGAGUUCUGACUGUUAGCAUACCAUUAUCUAUUCUACUUUCUAUUUGUGACAGGGGCCCUUUGCCGUAAGAAGAAAAUCUUCUUCCACACAGAUGCGGCACAAGCAGUUGGCAAGAUUCCCGUCGAUGUUAAUGAAUUGAAUAUUGACUUGAUGUCAAUCAGUGGACACAAGAUUUAUGGACCUAAAGGUACAUUUCAUUGUAACAGUACACAUAUCUCAUUGCAAACUUGUACAGUUCUAUUCCAAUUAAAGCCAUAAUCAAAUAUCUUCAUAAGUCAUUUUUAAUAACCAUGACAUGCAGGCUACAUCUCCAUUGGUCAUGGCAUAGAAAGAACCUCUUAAAUCAUUAAAUCUGCCUAGUUUGAGAGUACCUUAAAAUUUCGUGGGUACUUAAUUUCGCGAUUUUGGAAAGAUAGUAUUUUGCGGGGUUUUAUUUUCGCGAUUUCAAUAUUAAUUAAGCAAAUAUGAAAAAGGGCAUUAAAUUUCGCGAUUCAAGCGUUCUCAACUUGAUUUUAUUUUUCUUCAAUCCUCUGAACAUUUUAAAAUAUCGAGAUAAAAUGAAAGAAGCAAAACGCGUAUUAACGUUAUUUCAGUACGGAAGACACAGUCACGGAAUGGAACGCACCAGUAAAACCAGCUAAUAAGAAUUUUGUCGCUAUUUGUGGACAGAUAUACCCUGUACAUUGUGUGUUGUAGUUAUUAAAUGUUAUUCUUUUUUUUUUUUUCUGUGAUUUGAAUUUUCUAUAUGGGUAAUAAAUUUCGCGGGGCUUUUUACAGUCGUGGGUCUUUAAUUUCGCGAAAACACGAAACUAAAGACCCACGAAAUUAAGUCCCAAUGAGGUGAUACCCUGAAAACUGAACAUGACAAACAUCUGUAAAAUUUUACGAGUUUGCAGAGCUACAUCUUUGCUGGUUUCUGACGUAUCACUUUUAAACCUUAAAAGUUUACAAAAUAAAUUUAAGACACUCUUUUCAGCAGUAUCGACGAAUAUUUGCGAACGCGGCAUUUUUUAAAGUUCAAAGGAGUCCUGGAAGGGUCUGUUCACUUUUACACCGUAGAAGUGUCUGUAAUGCACAUGUAAAUGUUUGUAGACGCUUCUUUUGAGGAAACCUACUAACAUUUCUCUUUAUUGAAUGGUACAUAGGCGUCGGUGCUUUGUACAUCCGAAGAAAACCUCGUGUCAGAGUGGAACCCAUUCAAAGUGGCGGAGGACAAGAGAGGUAUGUGCCAUUAGCCCCAUUUCCAUCAGUAAGACAAAUAUUACAUCUUAAACAGGGUUUAGUUAAACUUCAGAAUACCCGGCCGCUCUUUUGCAUAUCAUUGAAUAACAAAAGUGCCUAUUGUGUUAUACCUCGUUCUUUAAAGAGUUCAGACAAAUGUAAAUGAUGUGGCCGGGUCUGAAGUUGCUCCCAGUGUUUUUCCGUGACAAGUAAAUGUAUAUCGGAAAAGUUGACUAGUUUCUUACCUUUAAAAGUUUCUAAAUUUACAUAGGUGUAAGAUACAAUAGUACAACCAUCUCCCGUAGGGGUGAAUAAUGGUGAAAACACUGUAUAUGCCGAGACGCGAAGCGUCGAGGUAUAUAUCUAGCGCCGUUCACCGAUCCUGAGGGGGAUAGUUGUUUUAGCAUUUACUAAAUCAGUUGGAUAAAAAUGAAGAAAAAUAACUUUUUGUAAAUUAAAAACGUCACUUAGUGGGAAGUUUGUUUACAAUUUACGAACAUUUCGAGGAUUUUGUCAAGGGUGUCUUUACAAUUUUGUUGCAAAUUCAGGACGAAAAUAAUUUUCUACCUACCCGAGUAAACACCGUCAAGCUGAAGUUCGUCGCUUUCCUGGUAUUUUAUUCUACGACUGCUUCAUUUCUCGCUCAGAUUUCGUCUUCCGAAAAUUUCUCGAGACGAGACGUCAUGUUGGCCUCGGUCGCAAAACAGUGAAUGGCCAAGGAUAUUUCGAGUUAGGGUAGCCAAUCAGAAGGCGCGAAAAUUGCUAUUCACUGAUUUGGUAAAUACUAAGUAGGGCUAUUCACAGGUGGUCCCACAGGCACCCCAACCUCACGAGGGAGAAUCGUUGCUUAACAGAAAUAUUACAAGGGUUUGUAUGGGGAUUUUAACGAUCGUUAUUUAGGGUACAAAAAUAGUAAUAAACAUACGUUUUUCAUCCAACUGCUCCACCAACUAAACAAGGUGCUCAAUCCUUGGCAGCUGAAAAGGUCUGUUUUUCUUUUUUAUUUUGGCAUUUAACAUGGAUGAAGAACUUUCUCUGUUGUACAUGAAUCCUUCGAUGUUCAAACCAUUGUUUGAUAGUGGUCCUUUGGUUUCAUUUCAGGGGCAUGCGCAGUGGUACUGUGCCUCACGUGUUGGCGGUUGGACUUGGAGCUGCUUGUGAGGUUGCAAAGGAUGAAUUGGAGGUAAACUAGUAACGACAAAUUAUUGAUACCUUCAAUGCAGAGGAACCCCAGUGUGUGUGUGGAUCAUCCAAAAUCAACCUAAUAGAAAGGAGAAGCAAGACGUCACGUUACCAUGGUGGCAAAAUUUCUGAAUCCCAACAGUCCUUCUUGACAGAGACGGUCAUUUGCAUUGUUGAACGAUGGAAGAAAAGUAUGGACCGCUGUUUUGUUCUUUAGUGCAAUCAUGUACAGGAAAGUCUUACACGUUUUUUUUUCUGCUAUAUUUGCAGUAACCCGAUUGGUUGAGAUCCAGAAAUUUUGCCACCAUGGCAACGUGAUGUAACGACUUCUCUCUAUUGCCGUAUAAAAGACAGGGUGUAGUUGUGACAGUUUCUAGGAAAUACUGACCGGAAGAUGGUAUUUUUGUCCUUGGGCUCGCUCGAGAUUGUGUGGUGGGGGAAGGGGGGAUGGGGAGGUGGGGAGAGAGAAGGAGACUCUCUUUACCCCCGUCCCUCGAGUCGAGCCCAGAGAUCGCCAAUAGUGCUUUCUCGCCGGCUAAGUAUAAGACAAUUAUCUACUUAAGGGUGUGAUCUAGUUAUCAACAGAUUUGGAGGCUCACGGAUACAUUUUCAACCUGCAAUCUAACUUAAAAUUACAAAUAACACUAAGUGCAGUCAAACAUCCAAGUGCGACCACCUCUGGUAAACCGACCUUCUCGCAUAAGCGACCACCUUUAUUACACUUAUCAAAACCACCAACAUUUUCCUAGUCAGAUCAUUACAGUUAGAACCUCUAGUAAACGACCAUCUUUCGUUAGUGACAAAGGCGUGACCACUUUUUUGGAUGACGGUUUUGGAAUUUUCCAUUGUUUUUAUCGCCCUGUAAGUUGUCCCUCGCAGACGUUCUUUUGCCUUGUCACGCAACCCUCAGGAACGCGUGACGAACCCCUAAGAACGUUUGCGUUAGAGGCUAGUUGUAAGCGACCACUUUGAGCCUUUCAUUUUGAUCUCUAUGUCCGCUGUAUUUACUAGGCUACUCAGAUUAAGGAGAAGAACUUUUAGUGACACGUCUUCUUAGAAGAGAACCGCUGUGUUUGGAUUCUCGCAAGAGACCACCUGCCGUGAGCGACCACUAAAUCUUCGCAUUUUGGGUGGUCGCUUACGGGAGGUUUGACUGUUAAGCUUUUAAUUUGGUUAUCAUCUUGCUUAAGACUUCGGUCCUAUGUCGUACAUGUGGAAGGCUGUGAAAGAAAUCAAAGUGAAAAUUCGCUAUCAAUAGGAGAUAAUCCUCAAUCCUGUCUGUAAUCUACUAAGUGGUCACGUGAUUGUUGUCUAGUGGUAUUUAUUUACAAGAGGCUCUUUGGUUUGUAUUUUUAACAGUAUGACCAUAAAAGGACAGUAGAACUGUCAACUCGGCUGGUGAAUGGCAUUACAUCCGGGUUAACUCACGUGGUCAGGAACGGUGACCCGGAUCACUCUUAUCCCGGAUGUGUAAACUUGUCUUUCGCAUUUGUUGAAGGCGAGAGUCUUUUGAUGGCGCUUAAGGAUGUAGCACUGUCUUCAGGCAGGUGGGUGCGAGUGAAACGUGAAUUGAAAAAUUGCCACACGGAUUGCUUAUCAUGUCACUCAUAAUUUUAAGGGAGGUUCUAACUUUUUAGUCUGUGAAUAAAAUCCUGUGGUGUGACCAUUCAACUGAAACCUCUUCAGCAGUACUUUCACUUGGUACUAUCUAUUUAGUAUGUAUUCUUGAGUCUGCAGAUGAAAUCCUAUGGUGUGACCAUUCAAAUGAACCUGUUCAGCAGUACUUUCACAUGUUACUAUUUAUUUAGUAUGCAGUUCUAACUCGUGAGUCUGAAUGAAAUCCUACGGUUUAACCACUCAGAUUGUGCCAUUUCUUUUUUGUAACACAUGAAAAAUGUGUAUUACUUGAGUUUCGGUUUGUUGACACUUACGAGCGAAAACCAUUUAAAAUUACUCGCGUGGAAUACCAAGUGCCCAGUGCCUACAGACACCGAAAUUUAAGUAAAUGUUAUCGUUUUUGAUUUGCCAACGAACUAACAAAGUCAGGUUUCUUUGCUGUGACCAUGACCUUUGAUUGGCCUAUUUACGCGUGGGCUGCCCCGCUAGAGUUCGUUGCACUGGAAAGUUAUUUGCUCCUGUUUUUUCCUUUGGCCCCUUUCAGAUUAAUAGUAUUAUUAUAAUCUUUCUUUCCAGCGCAUGCACCUCAGCUUCACUGGAGCCUUCCUAUGUGCUGCGAGCGAUUGGAGCUGAUGACGAUCUCGCCCACUCAUCUAUCAGGUACUGAAACCAGCGCAGUAGUACUCAGGCCUUGUUAUUUUAUCUGUCCUGUUGAGGCCUGGGACGGGUCCUAGUUUUAGAGACUCCAGUUCUAUUCCCUAUCGCUCCGCUCAACCGAAUAGAAAAUAUUUUGUGAUAAGUAUCAACAGUGGUGCAUGGAGGGAGCCCCAGCAGUCGAGUUUAUUAUGCGAAUAAGAGUUCAGCAAAAGUGCCAAAAUAAGGGAUACGUGUGGAAAAUAGUAAUACAGCGCACUAUCCAACCGAGAUCUCGGUAAGCGGGCUGGAAGUGUCGCCAUAUGAACACUUCAUCCCGGUUAUCGGGAUGAACGACGGGAUGAAUUCUCGUGGUCCGGAUGGCAUCGUCUUUCAUUGCCUGCUGUAUUUUACACAUCAUAAGCAUCCCAUUUAACUGCAGUGAUACGGCUUUAAGAGUUACCGAAGCCCGAGAGUAAAAAAUUUUGUGUUUCUCCCUGUUUGCUUUGUUUCCCAAAUUUGGCGCCAAAACUCGUCCCGAGGAUCUUUGACCUUUUUUCAUCUCAGAAACUGGGCUGAAAUUUCUCUUAUGAACCCAAGGCAGAAUUCAUCCCGGUAACCGAGUCAGCCCGGGCAACCGGGCUCAUAUGAAGAGGCCCUGAGACCCUUGAUCGUUUUUGCUCUUUAUCUUCUGAGUCGGUAAAUGUUUUCUUUUUUUCUUAUCUGUUAUGUGCUUUCUUUAUGAAACUGUUUAUUCGUGAUUGGUUCGUCAGUUUGGUUUUGACCGUAUUUUGUAUAACAGCCCGUAAACUCCGUUAGAAAAAGAAAAAAACCUGAAAACAAACAAACAAGAGCAAAAAACUAAAUUGGCCGACGGUGUUCUUUUGCUUAUUUUCGUCGCUAAGCAGCAUUUUAAUGUCAAGUUUAUUGUUGAUGUUCAGUAAAUGAUCGUACAUGAGAUAUAAAUCGACAACUCGCUCUGGACUUCAGUGAUUAUUAACAUGACAUAGAACUGCGACAAAUCGCAACUAACGCGAAACAACACACGAAAAAUCGCAAUUUUUGCUGCUGCGUGCAAACGUGGACAUAAGGCGCAAUUGUUCCAAAGAAAACGUUGGUUUUGUUUUACCAUUGAAAAAAGGUAAAGGCGCACACGAGUCAAAGGCCCAAAACGGCUUGAGCUAUAUACCGGUUUCCGUAGCAUGAAGCACACCUAGGAGUAUUGCUACUCCCCGAUAGACCGGAUGCUAGUCCAUCGCAGGGUUACCCCCCAGCAGUAUGUCGCUGAUACCCAUUUAUACACCUGGGUGAAGAGAGACAAAGUGGAGUAAAGUUCCUUGUCUAAGGAAGCGAGGCUUGAACCCCGGACCUCCAGGGGAUCCAGAGUUCGAGGUGUUAACCGCUCGGUCACUCACGAGAGAGACCUACGACUAGAAGGACGAGAUUUAACUUAAAGUUUUUUCACGUAUUCUCAAAAAUUAGACACCCCGGAAUGCCUCAUUGUAGUAUUCUCCUCCAGAAAAGUUGGCACUAUUAUUUUUAUUGAAGGAGGUUAAGCCCUUUCUCGACCCUAAAAUGAUAAAACUUCCAACAUUCGAUAACUUGUUUCCCCUACUACAACAUUCUCGCUAAUACUUGUGGUAGAAUGACGACGGCUAUCACGUUUUCCCGCCAUCUUAGAAUCUUAGGGCCGGUUAACGGAGUUUAACCAGCGUUUAACAAACCCGCGUUCUAAGUAAUUUUCAGUUUGCCGAACGCUUUUAUCUAAGCACCAUUUGUCGUGGACAGUUUCAUUAAAACAUAUAGCGUAGACUAGAAAAGCAUUUCUCUUCUUAAAAUAACACACUAAGGAGGAGAUCUGAAGGUCGUCCAAAGAUUUCUUAAACCGCGGUUCAAGUUAGACCUCGUUUAAAUACCGAUCCUUAAGGUCUCUAAUUAAAGAACACUAUAAUGGAGCUCACAUUAUCAAACUGCUUGUAUACGGCCCCUGUUAUAUAUAUUCUGUUGUUGUUCCCGCAAGGUUUGGCAUCGGGCGAUUCACCACUGAAGAAGAAAUCGAUUACACCGUGGAGAAAACCAUCAAACAUGUGAAGCGACUUCGUGAAAUGAGGUUAGUGUCGCUGAUAAAAAGUUCCAUUCGUCGCCCUAAUAGGUCUCUUAGGCGCAUUUCAGACGCCGAACUUUUCUUGAGCCGAACCUAACUGGAAUCAAGGCCGAGCCAAAUUACCUAGACCGGCUGAAUUAAUUCACACGUCGAUCUUAAUUCAAGCCGAACGAAAUUCAAAGGAGAAAAAUGUGCAUUUCGGCAAAAGCGCUUGCAAAAUUCGUGAUAAUAAUAUAUGCAUUAGGUUCGGCAGAUGAAAAGUUCACCGCCUGAAUCAGACGUUCCAAAGUAAUAAUAAUAAAUAGUAAAUACUUAAUUAUCCACUCCCCUUAUUGGGCUUUUCAGGGAUAAUAAAACAAUAAUUCAAAUAGGACAUAAUAUUUUUACGAAUCCCAAAUCCCAACUGGUAGGAGGUGAACUAUUUACAAGCGUGGUCGACGACUUGAACUCGGGACUACCAAGAACAAAUCCAGCUAGCGGUCAGAGCGGGACUGGAACUCGGGGCUUUAGGACUCCAAGUACAACGCUCUAACCGCUCGGCCACGUUGCCUCCAAAGUCGCUUCACAGUCGAAAUUUCCGACCGGGCUAGGUGGGGCUGAGCCGUUCGAAAUUGAAGUAGGCGUUCCUAACUGAUUCAGACGCCGACCUUUUCAUGUACUUAAUUCAAUGUAUUAGGUUCUGCUCAGGUUUAGUUUGGCGUCUGAACCGGGCCUUACCGUAAAUGAGUUAAUAGACGCCCUCUCUCAAAUAAACGCCUCUUGUCUAACUAGUAAUAGUUGACACUACAGGUGCCCCCGCUCUGUUUGUUGUCGGUCAUUAAGAAACAUUCCCCCUCGCCCCCACGCUUUUUUAAAAGUUUGUACCAGACGCCCCUUUCUAAUAAACACCUUGGGCCAAAUAUUUUAAAUGUAGUUUAGCCAGUGUUUAACAAAACCGCGUUCUAAGUCAUUUUCAAUUUGCCCAACGAUUUUAUCCAAACAUCAUUUAUUGUGAACAGUUUUGUGAAGUCAUAAUAGAGAAGACUAGAAAAGCAUUUAUCUUCUUUAAAACAACCCACCAAAGCAAAGAUCUGGAGGUCCAAAGAUUCAUUAAACCGCGGCUUAAGUUAGACUUCGUUUAAAUAUUUGGCUCCUUCUGUCUUUAGACUCCCCGUAUGCGAUUGUUCUAAAAUACUUAGCAGGAAAUAGCGAAAUAGAGCAAAAUCAUUCAUUUAUUCAGUUUCUUGCGAGUUUCUUGCUUCAUUAAUAAGAGUAACGCAUUACAUCUCUCGUUCUGCGAUGUCAAGUUCACAUAAAGGAUUUUGAUAUCAGUGUGUGACAUCGAAGUUAAGCUUUCAAACAAUAGAUAUGGAUCUCUAAACGGCUUCGACGUAUCAAUGUAUGGAUUGGAUAGCCUGACAUUUAUAAUCUGUGGUGAUUUAUUCGCCGAAAGCAUAUUGGUAUUAUGAAGUUUGUGACAGUUAUGAGAACAAAUCGCUCCUUUCUAUUAAAAGCCCGCACACUCUUGGGCUCCUAAAAAUAAAAUAGUCCCCCUGGCUUUUGCAGCUUACUCUCUACCACCAUCACAUCUCGUGUUAUUUAUUACUUGCAGUCCUUUAUGGGAAAUGGUUCAAGAAGGAAUCGACUUGAAGACGAUUAAGUGGACACAACACUGAAGAAAGACGGAAUAAUUAAACUUUAAUGAAGCUACUGAUAGUAGCCAUCACUCAUGGCAGGUUUAACUCCUGAUAGUGUCUCAUGAACUAAAAAGGAUGCGUACAUUUCGCUCCUUAUUCACAGGCAGUAGCUGAGAUAGUAUUGAGUUGUUUUAGUCCAACAACACUGAAGAAAGACGGAGUAAUAAGUAAACUUUAAUGAAGCUACUGAUUGUAGCCAUCACUCUUGCCAGAUUAAACUCCAGAUGGUGUCUUAUGAACUGAACAGGAUGCGUACAUUUUGUUCCUUAUUCAAAGGCAGUAGCAGAGAUAGUAUUGAGUUGUUUUAGUGCAGUCCUUCUAAGAGCAUGCGUCGCUAUCGCGGACGUAAUACGUAAUAUGUCAAACACCAGAUAUAGUGUUUCAUCACAUAUUAAACACCGAGAAAAGAGUGAGAAAACGACACGUAGGGGGAAAUUGUUGUUGAGAUUUUUAAUCCAAUCCUUCUUCAGGUGCAGUGUCACUUUAGCGGCUGUAAUACGUAAAAUGUAAAACAUUCUCUCUUGUCCGUUUCUAAACAAAAUAGACUUAAACUGCAGUAACACAGGUAUCCUUCCUGUCAGGAUCCUGUGAGGAUUUUUCGAGCGCGAUUGUCUUCAAAGACCACAAAAGCUCUAGCUUGCGCCACAGUCGAAACUAACCUCUGGAUAAGUCCGUCUGAGAAAACCGCGCCAAAAUCCUUGUUCUGCGUCCCCACCUGUGUACCCGGAUUUGAGUACGUGCCAUGAUUGGCCUGUUAAAAAAAGCCAUUGUCGAUUUGGCAAUCAGGAUGAGAGGAAAUUCGAAACGCACUUCGGUAAUUCGUUGAGUCCGUCGGGGGCCCAGAAAAAGGAUGUUGGCGCUGCCUCGCGGACGUUAUACCCUGGGUGCCAGAGACUUUUCUAGCGCGGUUUCCGGUUUCUGUCCAGUCUUUAUAGUGACCCGCGCGCCGCUCGUGGCUUCGGCCUUCGGCCAACACCGGAAAAUUCCUACAGCACGCGAGAAAAACCCAGGGUACAGACGUUACUAACCGAGGUUAAAUUACUUCUGCGACGCCAGCGAGGAAAGCACCCGUGGGGAAUUUGGACGUAAAGCUGUGAGAGGAAUUAAGUGAAAUUGAGAAAGUUUGGGUUUUCCCCCCCAAAAAAAUGUAAUUUCUCUAGCAACCUUUGUGGCAUUGCAGGUUUGGUAUGGAAUCCCUAAUUAAAGGGUUACCAAGUCUCCACUAAAAUAGUGGG